UUUAUUUCCUGAAGAUUCACUUUGGAUUUAAAUUACGAUGAUUAUGCAUUCAGUAUUCAUCUCUAUUUUGCUAAUUGCAAUUCAGCAAGCAGGAGCAGUGCCAGUCAAGAAUCCUAAAAUACCUCCGGUGGAUCUUGCCUACGAAUGCGUUCAAAAGGCUGGAAAUACAACCUCUAAAGCUCCUAUUUUGUUGUUGCAUGGCAUGGGAGCGAUGAAGAGUGAUUGGGAUGGAACCUACGAAGUCUUGGCAUUCAAAUCGGGAAGAAGGGUGUGCAGAGCAGACUUACGUAACCAUGGCGAUAGCCCUUGGGAUGAUGAAACGAGCGUGGCCGCCAUGACAGAGGACGUCAUCCACUUAUUAGACACUAUUGAAGAGAAGACAGCCGUGAUUAUAGGGCAUAGUCUGGGAGGGAAAAUAGCAAUGCAUACAGCAAUUACUUACCCUGAAAGAGUAGAUAGCAUAGUGGCUGAAGACAUGGUGCCAAACAUGAAUUCUGAUAAUGUACAACUCCUUACAAAUUUCCUGAAGAUGCUGCUAGCCAUCAUGGAGAAAGUGCCAGAAGGGUCAGACGAAGAACAAGCAACUGAAAUCCUUACCUCUAUGUUUAGAGAAAUAUUAAAACAGAUAAACAUGACGGUCAGCGAAGAUCAAAUGAGGGAUGGAGUAUUGCCAUUGACUUGUACUGGUGGAAAGUGCCGAUGGAAAACAAAUUUCAAGGCCUUUUUAAAUACUAUUGAGAAAGAUUUUUCUUCUUUCUGGACUGAAACCACUGGCGUUUCUGACGCUCCUGCUCUGUUUAUUUACGGGACAGCGUCCGAAGUCAAAGUAUAUGAAUAUCUAGAGGACAUCCGAAAGCAGUUUCCGAAGGUAAAAUUUGUUGGCGUCGAAGGAGCUGGCCAUUCGAUUCACCGAGUUUUCCCACAGUUUGAAGACGAAGUUUUAAAAUUCCUUGAAGAAACAAACUUUUUUUUGUAAAUUCUUCUCAAGUUUUUAAAUGACAGAUUCAGGCAAUAAAUGAUUCAA